AUGGAUGAAGAACCUCCAUCGCCAAAGUCCGAUCUAGGAAAAACAUCAGCAGAAGAGACAAACGAAAAGGAGGACACCCGGCAACAAAAGGAGGUUGGAAUGAUGAUUGAUCCCAUGUCACCUUAUUACCUACAUGCCUCGGAUGCUCCUGGACAAGUUUACGUUGCAGAGUUAUUCAGAGAUGGAAAUUAUGGUGAAUGGUGCAAUGCAAUGGUUAAAGGUUGGCUUAAAAGCGCCAUGGACAAGGAUAUUCGUGGUAGCAUUAGAUUUGCUACCAUUGCUAGAGAUAUAUGGCGUGAUCUAGAAGAGAGGUUCGGCAAAGAAAGUGCGCUGAGGGCCUUCAAAAUUAGACGGGCAGUAACACUUCUCCGCCAGGAUAAAGCUACUGUUUCAACCUAUUAUACCAAGCUUAAAAGCUUGUGGGAUGAGAUGAAUUGCACAGCACAUUUGCCCAUGUAUAACUGUCAAGGUUCCAAGUGCAAUUUAACAAAGAAAUAUUCAGAAUUGCGUGGAAAGGAGCAACUCUAUUAUUUUCUUAUGGGUCUUGACAAAGAGUUUAAUACAGUGAAGAGUCAAAUUCUUGGUACAAGGCCCAUACCAAGCCUUGGCGUUGCUUAUCACAUGGUUUCUGAAGAUGAACAACAAUGGCUUAUUUCCUCCACGGCUAAACACGGAACAAAGAUGGUAGCCUUCCAUGUGUAA